AUGUUACAAAAUCGCCUUUCGAAUGGUUCAUCAACCGUUCGAAAACAACAAACAGCUGUAAAGCAAACUAUUGAUCGACCGAAACUUCAUUCUUGGCACAAUGAUGCGUCUAGUCAUCGAAAUCAUUCUUAUCAAAACCAUCAGUUCAGCAAUGAAACAAACAAUUGGUUAAAAUCUUCACCGAAAAUCGUCGAUGAUACACCAGAAUUGGAAUUAACAUGUCAAGAAGAUAUGCUUACCGACACUCAAUUACAAAAUUAUCCAACACAAGCGUAUGAUCCAACAGCUCCACUACCCUUACCAGCUGUUCGUAGACGCACAUCAGUAUUAAAGAAAGUACCGACACAAGAUAUCGAAAUACUUCGAGAUCAGGACGAAGAUUUCAUUCCUAGUGAAUCCGAUGAUGAUGAUGACGAUGAUGAAAAUUAUCUACCUGAACAUGAUCGACGUCCAUAUAAUCGUGCUAGUCAUGUGAAUGGAAGUAUUGGUCGAGGUCGUGGUCGCGGUGGACGUGGCCAUUUAACUUCGACAGUCAAUCGAUUGCCACCCUCAACUCAUUUCGUUCGACCACAACCUUCGCCAACUCCACAACUUCAUUCAUUACCAACAAUAGCUAAUCAUCGACAUCAACAGAUAGAUGCACUUGAUCGUACUUAUGCUUCAGCUCUAACGCGAUUCUAUGGUACACGCAAUGGUCAACAAGUCGAUUCAUCCGACUACGGAGAUUUUCGUAUUAAAUGCUCAAUAUGUGGUGAGCUAUCAGCUAAUAACAUGUCUUUCAUUGCACAUUUAUGUUCACACUUCGAGGAUGAUCUUAACUAUAUUAGUCCAUUUGAUAAAGUCUACCGUCGCUGUUCGGUGUGUCAUGAAGAAUUUUCUACACCUUUUCAAACCCUACUGCACAAAGAUCAAGAACAUCUUCAUGACACAAACGAAUAUCGUUGUCGAAUUUGUCAACAAAAUCAUCCGAAUUUAGUCGAUUUAUUUGCUCAUUUGAAUUCAGUACAUGUCGGUCUUGAUAUGCCUUAUGUUUGUGACCAAUGUCACUAUCGUACAUCCAUGUACGAAGACAUGGCUCAUCACAUUCGACAAGUCCAUAAAGGAACACAAUAUUUCUUUUGUCCAUAUUGCUUUCAGUCAGUGCUACUGCCUAUGUCUGAUACAAAUUUGUUGAAUUCAAUACCUGCUUUUCGUCACGUCGUUCUUCAUUUUGAUCGAAUCGAAAAUAGUAAUAAUAAACAGCAACAACAUCGCAUUGAAUCCUUAUUUAAAUAUUGUGAUCGAUGUGUUUUACAUGUGAAAUCUGUCAAAGAACACUAUAGUUAUCAUCAUCCUUUGAAUUCGACAACUGAUGAUGAAGAAAACAAUCAGGAAGAUUUCAAACGAAAUAAUUCUCAUCAUACGAAUGUAUUUAACCAUCGAUCGUAUCCAUUAAAAUUUGAUCGCAAUAAGCAUUUACCCAUGGCGACUAUUCGGCGUCGACCUACAACAUCGAAUCAGUAUGAACAGAUUCAUAUCAAUAGUCGAUGGUAUCCUCGCCGGUGA